AGAGGUUCUCUCUUUUCCCCCUUUUCUCUCCCCCGUCUUCCAGGCGAUUGGAGCGUCGAGGAGGGUCGGCAUUUUCCCGCCCCGAAAGUGGAGCCGGAGCUUUGCUGAAAACAGGGGGGCGGAGAGCGAGUUUUUUUUGCCCAGAGAUCCCUACCAGCCCGCGGGAGAAAGUGCAGAAGAGGAGGAAAACUUGGCUCAGAAAUACACACUGAACAUCAACAUCAGGGAAACAUGGAUGCUGGCGAGGGGCAUUCAACUCCCGGCUCUGCAAAGAAGAGAAAGUAUUACUGCUAUUUUAAGGACGACUGGUGCAAAGAAAACGCAUUCAAGAACUGGCUUCGGAAAAUCGACAUGAUGACGGCCGAAUGCAUUCUGUGCCAUCAAGGAUUCUCAAUAAAAUAUGAGGGACGCAGAGCGGUGACCAGCCACGCGGACAGCGUAAAACACAAAGAGUCGGAAAAACAGUACAAAGACAUGCCGCAAAUCCCAGCGCCGGUCCCGAUUGAGAAUGACUUCUACCAGGAAGACAUGGUGACUGCGGCAGAAUUAGGACAAGUUUAUCACAACAUCGUGCACCAGCUGACCUACGCAAGCCAAGCUUGUGCGUAUAAGACGCUCUCGAGGAUUUUACCUGAUUCUGUCGCCGCAACAAAAAUGUCUUGUGAGUGGACAAAACCUGGCAGCAUCACAGAGAGUGUUUUGGCACCCAAAUCACAAGAGCUGUUGCUGAAGGACUUGGAGGAAGUGCCGUUUUUUUCAGUGGGGUCGGAUGCCUACAACAAAGGCAGCAGGAAAUUUUUCCCCCUCAGCGUGCGUUACUUUUCGGUAACAGAGGGAAUUAAACAUGGCUUGCUUGAUUUUUACAGCGAACUGACGAGCGAUUCCAUUGCGUCGCGGAUCGCCACUAUUCUGCAGGAAAACGGUCUGAGCGUGCACCGGAUGGCGUCUUACAUGAUUGACAAUGCCUCCGUGGAUUUCGGGAAACACUGGUCCGUGUUCCAGGACCUCAAACAGCGUAAUGGUGGACUGAUACAAGUGGGAUGCAUGGGCCAUGUGAUCCACAAUUGCCUCAGAAAGGCAAUGAGGGCGUUGAGCUUCGACGUAGAGACUUUCAUCUUCAAAGUAUACAGCGAGUUUUCAUCCGCGACCAAAAAGAUAGAUUUUCUGAUGUCUUUUUAUGAGUUUGUGGAAACGGAAUACAAAGAUGUGCUUCAGCACGUAACGACGAGGUGGUUGUGCCUUCUCCCCGCCGUUGACCGCAUUCUAGAAAGCUGGACAGUGUUGAGGGCCUACUACUUGUCGCAGGGGGAAGACGACUGCCUCCGAAUCGUGUGGGAAGCAUUCAGCGUCGAAGAGACAGCAUGUCUCCCGCUUUGUUACGUGUACUUUGUGCACAAUCUGAUGAGAAUAUUUUCCGAGUCUGUGAAAAAACUGGAAUGUGACCAUGUCACUUGCACAGAACUGCACAGCGUCUUGGAAAGUCUCCAUUCCAAGCUCAAGCGAAGGAAAGAGGACAAAUUCUACGGGAAAUCGUCCCAAGUCAUUCUGAGCAACAUCCCUGUGUCCGAGAACAAAAAAUUUGCAGAGGAGGCAGAUAAGACAUUGUCCCGGUGCAUUGCCUACCUGGAGCAGUGGUAUUAUUUUGAGACGUCGAUUUUUGAGCAGAUGGCAGUGCUGUCGUUGAACACGGAGGUGAAAUGGUUUGAUUUGGUGACGCUGGUGACGGCUCUCUGUCUGGAUAUCGACAUCGACCAGUUGUACAAUGAAUACUGCGUUUUGCAGAAAUUCAGAGAAGAGAUCGUCUCUAAAGAGCAGAAGGUGGAUCAGCGGUGGGUGAAAGUGUUCAAGCAAAUCCCUGAGCGUGCCGACAGCCAGCUGCUGAAGCUGGUCUCCUUUGUGCUGUCCAUCCCUGUGUCCAACGCCUUCUGCGAGAAAAUCUACAGCCUCAUGGCACAGCUGUGGAGCAAGGACAGAAACGGACUGAACGACAGUGUGGUGAAAGCGGAGCUGCAGGUGCAGCUGAAUUUCAAUAUUUCCUGUGCAGACUUCCACGAGUUCCUACACAAGAACCCAGAGUUGCUUAGAGUAGCAAGGGGCCAGCAGACGUACAAAUGUAAAAAGGAGCCAGAGGAUGAAGACAUUCCACAGGUGCCGUAGCUUUAAGGUUUGCAUCCUGCCUUCUACAGAGGAAAAUUCAGUGUACGUACAAACCAGCACAUCCUGAGUGCACAUAUAUAACCCUCAAUAAGUGCUGCUGGAGGACUAAGAACUCCGAGGGGGGAAAAACCAUCCUGGAUCCCUUGUGAAUUGAACACCUUCAACAUAAUUAGUGAAAUCAGUGGCCAGUAAGAUAUGAGGAAGCUUACACAUACAUCAUCAAGAAUACUGGGCUGCUUUCUCCUCUCCUUCACCAUUGGCUGAGUUCCUGAUGACGUCAUGGAAUGUUCAAGAUAUUCUGGUUGCUCCUUGGAGGGCAAGUAGCUUGAGGGAACAGAUGAAUUAGGAUGAACUUAUUAAACUGUUACAUGCUUAAUUUUUUCCCCCUCCAGAAGUGGGUCUAAGUCUGCAAUGGGAAUAGUUUUUAAUGACCUAAACUACGUUCUUUGCUGUGAGCUGCCAUAUACAUGGCAGUCUUCCAUUAAUCUACUCCAGUCUUUUCUGGACUGUUGAGUUGGUUGGUUGACCCAUCACAACAGUGCCAGUUGACUUCUUUUGAGUGACCGUGAUCCAUGAAACCAGUAGUGCCCAAGGGCAGGUGCCAGCUGACCUUUCUUUUAUUUCAUUCUCGUGUCCUUUGACAAUAAAGGAAGAAGGGCUCUUGCCCCACAGCUUUGCCACAGUCAUGGGCAGACUCAGCAGCAAACGCUCCUCCUACUGGCCACGUGCUGUAAUUGCAGUGAUCUCUAAAGUUGGGAGGGCGGGGUGAGAAUCGGCCUGUCAGAAUUUGCUUUUGUUUUCUCUUAUUUUUGGAAGUUGCUGUUACUUAGCUUUAUUUCUCUUCUAAUUUUUUUUUAAAUCGAAACUGCAGGCUGACCCUGUGCUCCCCUAUAAAAAGCAAAGGGAUGGAGAGCUCACUUCUAUAUAGACCUUACCUGAUAUUGUUUAAAAGUUAAGAGUAAUUCAUUAUAGGGUUUUUAAAAAAAUGUUUCAUAGGGGAAGUUGACCAGUUUGUUUUGUAAUUAGCAGAAGUACCAAACCUGUUGAUCAAAGUAUCUCUUGUUGCUGUUUUAAUAAAGCUUAUGUUUAGAAAAAAA